AUGGCUGCUCAUCUUCUCACUUCUGCCGACUGGUUUAUAAGCUGUAAGCAGACAUCUGAUCCUCAUAAGCAAACAAGCCUAGUAACGGAGCGAAGGGGGCAGACAAAGCAGAUAACAAACAGCGACAAUGGGGAGAGCCCAGCGCCCGUUAGCAUUGUCCUGUUCUCGCCGCUAGAUCAAUCCAUCAUAGAUUCAUAUCGUGCAAUAACUAUCGAUAUUGUCUUAUCGAUUCCUCCGGAUAGUUACAAUGAACCAAUUAGCGGGUCUUCUCUUCAGAUAGCACAGGCACAUGGGCUAACAUUCAGUUGCAGUGGAUCUGAAGAUUUCAAUUCCUGUGUUAAGACUACUCUACAGUCCAUCGUUCGUCAACUCAGUGCAAGUGGGGCCCCAGAGCUCGGUAUCAGCCGCUUAGACCCAGCCAAACUGCCCAACAUGGACUUCGAUGUGAAGAGGAAAGGUGCCAUCGAGUUCAGCUCUCCAUUCGGCAAAGUUUCGGAACUAGCAGCCAAUAUUCGGCUUUUUAACACGACAGCUAUUGGUUUCUCUCGUCUCAAGAUGCUAUCCGUCAGGUCAGCAGUCACUCCUACUUCAGAACUGAAUCAAGCUUUGGUCAGCAGGUCGGAGGUGAAGAAGUCGGCAGUGAAAGCAGACAUCCAGCUGAUGGUACCGCAGGUUUUAAUGCGAGGUCGGUUCUACAUCAACGGCAGGUUCGGAGUUUGGCCGAUCGCAGGAGGUGGUCCAUACAACAUCACUACAGGUGAGUUGCGAGGAGAAUGGAGGCUACGGGGAAGGCAAAUAAACCACGAAGGGACGACUCGGCUACAACUGGAGGAAUGCAAGCUGACACCAAGGCUGUCCUAUCUCCACCUCGAGGCUGACAACUUCUUGAGGUCCAACCCUGCCUUGAAGGCCAACGACAAGACCAACUUCAAGAAGGACAACUACUCAAAGAACAACACAAAGGCCUACAACAAGAAGGACACAGAGAACUUCUACACAAAGAACUACAACACGAAGAACAACGGUGAGGCAAACCACGAGGAGAACAACACCGAGGACUACAACAGCAAUGACAACACCACGCAGCACACAGCCAACAACAAGGAAGAUAAUAAAAUUUGA